AUGUGCAUCCCAUUCCUCAUCCGACGCUUUCGCGCCCUCAUCAGACGCUUUUGCGGCCAGAAGAAUGAUGCCGACUUGCUUCCUCAAUACAACGAGAAGCAAAUCCUCCAUCAGGUGUCCCCGAGCGACGUUCUCGUCUCGCACCCUGAACCCUUUGAGAGAAGCUAUUCAGCAGAUCUCAACCAUCACGCCGUGGAGUGUGUUCGACCCACCGAGUUUGUUCAGCAACCCGUCACUUUUCCAGUCUUUCCGGACUUUAUCCCGGUCAGACCCGAGACUCGACGCAUCUUUGCAGAACUCAAGCAACAGCAUGUCAAGACUGUUCGCCCACACCAUAUCAAAUGUAUUCGGCCACAAGCUAUCAAACCUGUUCGCACACUCAGCGUCAGAUUUGUCCAGCCACCGAAAGUCCGCCAGCCAUCGUAUCAGAACUUCGUCCCGCAGAUUCCUGGCUCCUGGCCCGCCGACGAGGAAGUGACAUAUGACAUCACCCCUCCUCGACCAGCUCAUCAUCGGAACAUCACCCCGAAGAUGCCUGGAGCGUGGCCAGAAACGCAGUACGAAACACACCAGUUCCGUCUGCCGAGCUACACCCUCAACUCCCCUUAUCGAGGACGUUUUUGA